UGCUCAAGCAGAAUAAAGUAUACCGUUUAGUUGGAGAUUAGUGAAAAUUGUAAGAAACAAUUUAUGAUAAAAAUGUACUGCUACAUUUGCAGAGAAAAAGAUCGGGUGACCACACAUCACUUGUAAGUUUAAUUAUUUAUUUCCGAAAGACACAGAACUUCGCACCAAGUGGUUGACUGCAUUUCGAUUUAAAGAGAUCGAUAUUAUGAAAUAUACGAGGAUAUGUGGGAAGCAUUUCGAAGACACAUGUUUCUACGUUGAUACAAGGAAGGAUAAGCAAGGAAGGAGGAAGUUAAAGAAGGGAUCAAUACCUACACUUCUUGUUCACAAACCAACAAAAAGGAAACUAGACUUCAGCGAAGAUGCAGAUGACAUAAUCAUGAAGUGUCCAAAUAUUGCCAGCACUUCUGAAGAAUUACAUCCACAAGAAGAUUCUUCAACAUUUGUGUUCAGCCCAACUAAUACAUGCGUUCCAAUUAUGUCAGUGCAAAAAGAAAUUCAAGAAAAAGUCGUAAGCGAUAUCAAACUUACUUCUGAUUUAAUGGAACCUGAUAUUAAAGUGACAUCGACUAAAGGACAAGAAUCACGAGUGAAGCAGAAGAGAUGGCGACCAGUUCACACUUCACAAGUUGAUAUGGAACAUGGUUUCGAUACACCACGCCGUGCCAAAAGACAUUUCAACUUGGCAGUCAGUAAAUUAUUGUCAUAUAAGCACAAAAUUAGACGUAUUAAUCAGCAAAAGCGACGAAUGAAAAAGAAAAUUGACCGUUUGCAAUCGCUACUAACAGAUUUGAAAGAUAAGAAGAUGAUAUCCGAAGAAGCUGAAAUGACCAUACAAGUAUUUUUAAUGGUAAAGUGAAUCAUAGAAUUGAAACAAAAAAUAAAUAGAAAGAUGUCCAAUCAAUUUGUCACACAUGCGAGUCUCGUUACAGAACAAUAGAAAAUAUAAUAAGUUGCAAAGCAUCGAUAUGACACAAUUCCGCAAUAAAAUUUUCAUACUCGUUAAUACAUCUGUAUUUACUGAGAAAGAACUUUUCUACACAUCUCAAAUCAAGAUCUGUUUUUUAAUCACAGAAUAGAACUGAUUCGACUAGUUAUUAAACAAUAUCUAAAUAUUCGAAUUUAUCAUACAAAUAAACAAAU